AUGCACAUAGAAGAUGAGCUUCGGGGUUUACAAGGUGAACUGAUAGACAUGUUAUUUCCUAGCGAUGGCAUAUUACAGCCUUCUGCCAUAGUUGACAAGACAUUAAGAUUCCAAGAGCUACUUGGCUUACUGCAAUUAGCAGUAGAACAAAGCCACAAAGAUCUAAGGAUAUCACCAGUACGUUCUACAUCAUUCAAUGUUUCAUACGAAGGCGGCGUUCCAUCUGCUGAACUUGUUCAUCAACUGGCGCAGCUUCAAGAAUGGCAUAAUUUCAUCAAAAAUUACCGUAGUAAGCUGAGUGAAACCAUUUUAAGGGAGCGUUCUGAAGCGCAACAAAAGCGUCUUAACACAAAGGCUGUUAUAGGAGAGUCUGGAGCAGAUACGAAAGCCCACAAAGCUCAUUUAAUCCAGCCCGCAGUUCCGAAAACCACUAAAGACAAGCUUCUUCAUACCAAUAAAUCCAUAACAUCCAACUUGAUACGCUCCAACAAUGUUCUACAGAGUUCCGUUCUACAAAGCAGUCUAAAUAUCGACGAAUUGACCCAACAAACAUCAUCAUUGGCCGGCCUAAACUCGAAAUUCGACCAGCUAUCUCUAGUUUUACAGCGGUCCGCCCGCAUGGUUAGAACAAUAGAAUCAUCGUCUGGCCGCGAAAAGCGCAAAAUCUAUAUGGCACUCUCCUUCUUAGGCUUUUCAAUUGCCUGGGUCAUAUGGAGGAGAUUGCUACGCGGCCCCAUAAGGCUUCUAUUCUGGGUGUGGUUCCGUAGUUCCAAGUUUUUCCUAGUCCUAUUUGGCUUGGUAGCGCCGGCUAAAGACGCAGUCACAACAUUGACUUCUACUUGCAUAAUUGAUGCUGCUGCCACCCCCGCUGAUGAUGCAAAUCUUUCGUCGACAAUCUCUGACGUUCUAUUGACCCAGCGUAACUCCCUCCAUAAUGCUCUGACCCAGGCUGUGGAGAAUGCCAUCACGAGGAUAGUUGACGAACUAUAA